UCCUGCGAACCUUGCAUUUUGUGCUCCUUACAAGUAAGGGUGUGAAAAUGUUUUCAUUCUGGAAAGAAUUUGCUUUUAAAUGCGAUGUAAUGGAUCAGUGGAGAGUAUUCCGAAACCAAGCCCUUAUACCAAAUCACCCUAAACCCUGUCUUAACUGGGGAGAUUGUUUUAAGCUUGUGGUUACUUACACCCAAGCUUUACUUUCUCCCCACACGGCAAAUCCUUUUAAAUUGAGGUCAGUAUCUCACACUUUAAAAAUGUACCGUGACCGUGUCUCCAUCCCCAGAAAAGCCUCAAUAAAAGUAACUAUCCUUUUUAUUGCAAAAUCGGGCAACAUAAGGAUGUUGCAUGUUAUUUUGGCAAUCACACUCCCUGGAUUUUCUCUCUGGUGACAAAACAGACUUGGAAAGGAAGUAACAACCACAGUUUCUGCUUAAGUAAUUUAAGUGGUGGCUGUGGUUGCUCUAUUGUUUAGAUGGAUGUCAGUAAAUGCUCUUACUGUACACCUACAUCCAAUUCUACCCUCAAAACACUAUGCACAUACACAAGAGUGUUCAGCUAAUCCAAGGCUUCCCUCACUUGGGGUUUUGGAUGCUUUCAUUGCAUCCUCAGCAAGCCUCUCUUUCCUGCCCUCCACCCCCACCCCAGAAAUCAGAAUUGACACUAAAUGCAGAGUUGUUGGAGGGCAGGUGGCUAUCAGCUCUCCCACAAGCCCUCGAGACUCUUUAAUAAUGUCAGGCACAUUCCCGAGCAGCCUAUUUUUAUCCAUCUCAUCAUCGCUUCCUUGUGAUCACAUUUUCAGACUUUGCAAAAAGAAGUCCAUGAUUACCCAGUGCUGUGAGACAUUUUUUUAGGGCACGGGGAAGAGGCUUCCAAUUUUACACGAUUCGCUCAUUUCAUCCUGCGUGUGUCCUGCAGAUGGUCAGGUGGUCUUCCUUGGAUGAUCUAUUUCAAGUUGGUGGUCGAAUUCAAUGUCAGGUUACUGCUGAGAACAGAGGAACCCAAGGAGAGAACUGUGUCAUUCAUUCAGCGUUUGAUGGAGUGUUCCCUCAGUUUUGCUAGAUUCUAGUGAGGAUGCAGGGUUGGACAGAACAUGGCCUUUGCCUAGGCAGGAGAACUGUUGUUUAUUGCUUUCUUGUAAAUGUCAACUCGUAUGUGGAAUGAAAAGCAGGUCUAGGGUUCACUGAAAGAAAUAAUGGAUACUAAGGCAUUGAGCCUGGCCUUAGUGUCUGUCUGAGCAUUGAGAGGUCAGAGGGCCCUUCCUUUCUCCUGUGUAAAUUUUGGGGUGCUGAUUGCACAAGAGGACACGAAUCUUAUCAUUUCCUUCCCCAAAUUUGGCUCCUUUCAGCAUGUGGGAGGUGCUAGAAGCUGAUGCUGUAUGAGAACCAUGGAGAUCAUUUGGAGGAAGCUCCUCCUACAAGAUGGGAAGGGAAUGUGCUUACAUCAAGUUGGUUGUCCAGGGUGCAAGCAGCCGAGCCUUUGUUUCGUGUCUCAUAGCAUCAAAGAGGGGAUGAAGCGACUUAGGGACAUGAAGGCCUUUGACACUCCCUUCUGUUAGCUCAGUCACCAUUUCCUGUUACCAUACUCCAUUUUUAGUCAAGGAGAGUUUUGUCAUAGGUAAAUUAUUUGGAUUCAGAGAACACGACAAGGCUCUUCAAAAAAAAAAUUGUGCUAAAUAAUCUACAAUAGCGUCAGCUUGGAGACUUUUUUUUAGAAAUUUCUCCAGAAAAUAUGAGAAUUAGGGGAAAUAAUUUAAAAAAUAGCACCUGGGAAAUGAGAACAAUCUCAGGACAUUUUAAAAGAAACACACACGGAUGGUCAUCCUGGGUCUAGUGCAGCUAUCUAGCACACAGUAGGAACUUCAAGUAGAGUUGUAGGCAUUUAUAAGUUUUAGGGAGGCAGCACCAUUUCUAACCAAUAAUAAGUGAUCACCAGUGUAGAAUGUGAUUUAUAGCAGGGAGCUUGACCUCUGACCUUGUUUUUUUCUGCUCCCUUCAGGAGAAAAAUGUAGACUUCCAAGGUCAGACCAGACACAUAUAGUGAUGAUCGGGUCUUGCUAGAAGACAGCUGCAUAGAAAACUGAACAUUUCAGUUGUGAAGAUCAUGCUUUCUUUCAGUGUCUCUUUUCAGUUAUCAAAUCUAAAGUAAUCCUAAGAGUCCCCAGCCUCCUAGCAACCAGGGAGCUCACAGGCCUGCCAAAGAGUUCACGGUUCCUCUUCCAUAUUCAUUUCCUAGCAGUGCCUUCUGGGCAGGAGUGGGGGGAAUCUUGCCUUUUGUUCAAACCAAGUUGAAUAUAAAAUGUGCCCAGCAUUCCAAGAAGAAAGGAGAUUGGGUCAAAUGGCUGUGGGACCACUCCACCUCAUUCUUCCGGCACCAGAUAGAUAUGGCGGCGUUAACUGAAGAGCGGAGUCAAACUCCCAUGAGAAAGGGACUCUGUAAUAUCCGGAGCUGAACAUUUGCAGCCACGACCGUGGGCCACUGUGAGAUGAUUGGAGGGCUUCAAGCGUUCUGUGGGCUAAGCCUUUAGAGUCUUCUCUGUUCUUGUGUGAGCAUCCUUUGAGCCAUUCAUUCGCAUGAUGCCAAGCUGCUUUUGCUUUCCCCUUGGGCUGUACCAAGGGUGGCUAUGCUUUAUACCCCAUGUGUAAUGCUGGCCAAAUUUUGGUGGGGAAUCUCACACCGAUCAAGACUACAAGUUAACUUUUCUAGUCUUCAGGCUCUACUGAGUAUAACCAUAAAAGACUUCACAUGCUAAUGAGAAAGCUGAGUGGUGGCAAGUUUUAGAUCAAUUCUUGUGUUUUGUAAGUGAUGCCUUUAAGGAAGAAAGCCAACAUUUUUCAUUCUAUGAACCCUAAGGAAUCUGAAGAGAAAGGCAAAAUAGAAACCUAAAACUGACACCCUCAAACAUGUAGACUACUUUUGACUGAUGGUGAUCUAAUGGUCUUAAUUAAGCGAGGAGACGUGGCUGGCACAUCACCCUAUUAGUUUAUUGGUUUUCAUUUUACAGAAUCUAGUCCUGGGCCCUUUAGUAUGAGCCAGUUCCCCAUGCUCUCAUAUUGCAGGACACCCGAAAGUGGACGCUAGACAGGCAGGUUCUAAUCAUGGCCUGCCCGAGCCAGCUGUGUCCCCUGCCAGUCAGAUGGCCUCCCUCUGUCUAUAAUGAGUCCUUUGGCUCCAUGCGUCCAUUGUAGAGGCCUUGUAAUGAGCAAGCUCAUAAUGAGCAAGCCCUAGACUUGUGAACUUAGCACCUGAUGUUAGGAGAGCCCUUUGCCCUUCUCCAUACACCGGAGCCAUGGACUUCUCCAUGCAGGAGCUGUGCUUGUGUUGGAACCCUGCUUCCUGCCGUCCUUAGGCCCUACGUUAAAUGUGUGCCUCAUUGUGACCAGGUGACGGGCUUUAAUAGAUAGCAUCCUGUUUCUCCCCUGUUCUUCUUGGCUCUUCUCUUCCAACUGUUUUGAUUUGCAGCUCCCGGCAUUGACUGCUCUCAUCAAACCAGUGGAGGGGAGGGAUGGUCCACUCUGAGGCAAACGACUUCAUUAUUUCCCAAGGGGACACCGGCAGUUUACAAAGGCCACCUCCUCGCCUGGUAUUUCAAUAUCUUCUACAGUCUUUGGGAAAUUUUUUAUUUGGAAAAAGAAAAAGAAAAGAAAAAAGAAAAAAAAAGAGAGUAUGCUGUGUAAAACUUUAGAAUAUUUAUAACUCCUGGGCAUUUGAGGCCUUAAAUUCCCUGUACCCCCAGAGAUUUGGAGUAGAUUAGACGAGGGUGCAUUCUUUGGUACAAACUUGUUUAUGCUGAAUGCAGGACUUGAGAGUAUAAUCUGGUCAGGUUCUUGCUAUUGGGAUAGCGCACAAACUUUGGAGUUUAGGGUAGCCUUCGUUACUCAGCCUCAAAACUGUGUGAUGUCUUGGCUGUCGAGGUUUCUUGUGUUAGUGAGAACAGAGCCUAGUCAAGUCUGAAUUUACUUUGGCCACAUUUACACCAGAAUAAAAUGACACGGCUUUUUUUUUUUUAAAGGAUGUAAUAAACUUUUCCCUAAGUAGUAAAUCCCCAAACUAUUUUUAUGUAAUGCUGGAAUGUGUAACCAGCUGGCCAGAAAAUCCUAUUGAUUUCUCCUCCUUAAAUAUUUUAAAUGGAUCUCUGUUUCCCAGCUCUUUAGAUCUCCUGCUCUAUUAUUGACCAAAAGGACCAGCUUUCCAGGUCAAUCCAUUUUCCCUGGGGCCCCAGAAGGUUUUUAUUUUUGUUAUUUCAUUUUUCACCUGGCCCAAAGCAAAACUGGAGAAGUCGCUUCUCUUUUUAAUGCCUCUCAUGCACGUGGGUGGAGUUGUGUGUGGACUGUGGGCUCUAGAAAGUCUUCACAGGCGUGACUUUCCCCACCAUUUCAACAUCUUUCUAAACCUCCUCCUUACCCUGUGCUCCUGAUUCGGUCUGUGAACUCACACCUCAAGCCAUUAUGUAUCUUUCAGACUUUCUGUAACAUUGUUUAGAACGUUCAACACCCCCCCCCCCAAUCUCUUCAGGUCUGACAGAGUUCUAUCGCCACUUCCAGAGUCAAUAUGUCUAGCCUGACCCCUUCAAUUUGAGAUUAGAUCUAAUAGCUCUGAUUGGCUUGAAUUUUCAACCCUCCUGCCUCAGCCUCCACCAGGCUGAGGGUGCAGGUGCACCCCAAUAUGCCCAGCUAUCCCCUUUCUUAUUCUCUCCCUCCAGAUCCUUUCUGUGACAGUUGUUUUAUGCUUGUGUCACAACAGCUCUGCACUGUGCGGCCAGCUCACCCAGUCCCAAACUUUACCGGACAGCCAGCUGUUAACUGACAACACCUGUUUCCUUUCCAUCCCUCUCGUGCCAGCAUCUGUGAGCUUGGCGCACAUCAGGGCUCAGAUGUGUUUUAGAUGAGUGACUUUUCUUAAGAGGAGGAAAGGAGGGAUGUCUGGAAGUCUGGCUAUGAAUCAUCCUCCUCUCAUAACUGGGGAAGUUACUACAGUUAGAAUUCUAUAGACUAUAUGCUAUUGUACCAAAUGUGCUUAUUAUAUACUAGACAAUCUUAAGAUCUUACCUCUGAGUCAUCUCCUUCUAUGGGGGAAAAAUCCAACAAAGUGUUAGCUGUUUGCGAGUGAGCCUUUGGGAAUCGGAAGUCGGAGUAAACAGUCAGGAGCCAAGGAGAGCAGUUAGUCUGGAAUGGUGGAGGGUUCAUAGAAGAGGAAGUUGCCAGUUAGCCCCUGGAGGGAGGACUUACUGGGGUCUUGAGAAGUAGCUAGGAUUUCAGGAGAUGGAGAAGGAGAAGGAUUGGGGAAGGGUGGGGAGACAGUAUUAGCCAGACACAAAGCUGUGUGGAGUUGGUCAUGCUGUUAACUUUGGGAUGUGAGAAACGACAUAACCAGGCAAGGAAGGAGCCUGGAAUUUGGGUGAAUCCUGAGUUUAUAAGGCAGGUAAUGGAUUUGUGACUUUUGGAGGGAGCUAGGCUUGGAGUGAAGAUGGAUAACAUGUAUGUCUAGUACUUCGGAGAUCUGCAGGGAAGGAAUCCAUGUAGCGAUUCUGCAAUCGAUGGUAAAAGGCUACCCUAGAACCACAUUUCCCUACACCGGUAUGCUACACUGUAUCUUUUUGGGGGAAGGAGCCUUAACCAUGUACAAAUUGUUUUACACUGUUUUAUUUGGGGCUGAGACGUUUAUUCGGCACACGAUUCUAGUGACUGUAAGGUCUGAAUAAAAUAAUGUAGAUGUCCUUGAGGGAUUGCUCACUCCCCGCUCAUUUCCCAGCCCUCCAGUACAGCUGGCCACAUGUGGAUGGGAGUGAAGUUGUGGUCUGGCCUUGCUGUAUAACAGUUCAUUGUAAUGAGAACUGGUCCAGUUCCAUCGGACCAGACUUCCUUCCUCCGAGUGGGCAUCGAUCCCCUCCGCAGAGCCGUAUCCCUUUGUCUAGCUAUCUAGCGACAUCUGGCACAUGGUGCUGCUGGGAAGGGGCACAGGCUCUCGGCAUAGUCAAAAUGAUCUCACCUGGACUUCCCAGGGUUCCUUUCGACUUGACUCGCUUUUUAGUUAAGUGAAUUAAAAAGAAAACACCUUUUGCUGUAAAAUUACAGGUUUCCCUUGAUAGUUAUAUUUUUUUCUAAUCUUCAUUAAAAUGAGUCUAUAACUCUUUCUGCUAAGAGCAGUUAGACCAGACAAGCAUCUGAAAAGAGCUCAUAGACCUGACUGACACUGGAACUGUGUACUUAAACCGGAACUUUAGACCAAGGAGGGAGGGAUGGGAGGAAGACAUAAGGAGGGUCUGUCAGACAGAGGAGCAGAUCACUCUUUAGAACUAGUUGGUUUUAAGAAGUAAGAGAAAAUAAAAGGCACUCUAUACCUUGCUGGUGGGAAUGUAAACCAGGGUAACCACUGUGGAAAAAGUUCAUCAAAAAUCCAGCAGUGGAACCCCAGGAUCCAACUAUACCACUUCUGAGAACAUUCCUAGAGAACCCAAAUCAGCAUACCAGGGAGAUAUCUGAUCAUCUAUCUCAGCGCAGCUCUGUCCUUAGUAGCCAAGUUGUAGAAUGAACCUAGCUGUCUGGUGACAUGUCUGGUAAAGAAGACAGGCUAUGCACACUCGCAGUGGAAGUUUAUUUAGCUGUAAAGAAAGAGGGGGCUUGAAGGAGGAUGGGUGGAAUUGGAGAACACCUCAAUAAGAGAGAUGCCAGGCCUAGAAAGGCACAUAUGUUUUUAUUCAUGUGUGGAGCCUAGAUUGUGUACACACACACACACACACACACACACACACACACACACACACACACACAGCAUAAUAGAAGGAUUAUUUGGGAUGGGGAACCAGCAAGAGGAGUCACAGGAGAGGGUAAUGAACAAAUGUGGUUAAAGGUACAUGAUAUACUUGAUUAAAACUGUCACAGAAAACCUCCAUUGCUUUGUAUAACAAAUCUACACUAAGUUAAAAAGAUGAAUCGGGGUGUUGUUUCUGAAGAACAUAGGGAACCAUCAGGAAGCCGGGGAAAGUGGAACAGAUGAUGAUUUCUAUUUUGGAAGAACAGAUGUGUUCUCAGAGCCAGGAGGUCCUUUAGGCACGCUUGUGCAUAGCGGAGGUUAGAGGGCUGGAGGUCAUCCAUGCAGAGGAGCCUUGAGAACACCAGAAUAGCCCAGCUUUUUUGUACUCUCUGGUCUGCUUUUCUAGGUGGCUUCAGUUAUUUUUAUUUCCGGCAGAUGGAGGGUCAACUGGACUUCAUGGACUGAGUUCUCCUUCGAGUUUCAAAACCCCGGGGACUCAGCGUUAGGACUGCUUGUAGGUUACUCCCCUGGACUUCAGAACCAAAGUCUGGUGCAAUUCCUAGGUUUGCGUUAUUGGUGUUUACAUGGGAUCGAUAGUCCCUUUGUUGGCAGCAGGAGCAUGCUUUGGUGUCUGUAGUGCAGGUUUGGGAAGAAGGAGAGCGACGCAAGUGACUGCACAAAAGAUGGGACCAGCUAUGUAAAUAAUGUAUGCUUCAAACAUCUGUCAUAUACCUAUUCAGUGGAAAAAUUAUGGCUUAGGUAACUCACUUUCACAGUUAAAAAAAAAAAUCUCCAUUCAUCUUUCUACUUUAAUCCAUGACGACUCCUCCAGGCCAAGUUUUCUCUUUUUGAAGAUAAAAGAGAGAUAUUUGGCAGAUGCCUGCAGGCAUUCGGGGCAGAGGACGGAUGCCUGGCCUCAUCCUUCUGAUGGCCACAGUUUCCCAGGGUGGGACUGUCUGGCAAUUAACAUCCUACCUCAGCCUUGCUGCACGUUUCAGUCUGGUCUCUUCCUCUCAGGGAGCCAAAGGCAUCUCCACUGCUUCUCGUGCACCCACCUUUUGCUUCGAAAUGAUUUCCACAGUAGGUGAACUGAUGCCCAUUGUGGUGAUUGAGAUGCGUCUGCCAUUUUUGUUUCUUCACAUUUGGGCAUCAAUUUUAGCUCUGCUAUAGCCCCCAACGGUUAUGUGUUUGACAAAGUCUUCCAAAAUACCUAUUCAAGCUCCAGCCUCUGGUGCCCGAGAAUAUGACGGUAUCUGGAGAUGAGGUGUGGAUGUAGUCUUGCUGACGUGCUGUGUAGGGUGGGCUCUGCAUCCAAUAUGUAAAUAGAAGAAAAGAGUUCCAGGGGAGGGGGACAUCAUGUGACUCUAGGGGCAGACGUGGGAGUAUUCAUCAGCCAAGUGGUUGCUAGCCACCAUCAGAAGCCAGAAAGAGGCCCAGAUAUAUUCUUCUUGAAAGGAACUAGCUUUACCUAUGUCUGUAAUUCAACUUUAGGACUCAGAGUCCUUUUCGCUUGCUCUGUUCUAGUUUUCGUUGCUUAUUACGGGGGCGUUAGGACACAAAUCUUUUCACCAUUGGGUCAUUGGUGGGAGGCAGAGUCUGCCUUCUCUAUGGAGAUGCUCAAUGGCUGCAUGAUUUCCCUCCCUUCCCCUCCCCUCUCCUUCCUUAUCCUUCCUCCCCUUCCCUCCUCUCCUCUCUUGUCCCCUCCCAUCUCCUUCUUUAUCCUUCCUUCCCCUCCCCUCCCCUUCUCUUUUUUUUCCCAGUUGCACACACCUUUUCCCUUCUUGACUUUGAACCUUGCUCUGCUGGGACAACUGGUGGGCCCAUGAGAUGAAGUCUUUAGGCUUUCAGUAGGGUAGCAAUUCCAAGGUAGUGGUGGCCCUUAGUAGUUUGUGUCCCUAUGGCUGUGCUGGUAGUGCCAGCUGCUCUUUUGUGAUUGCUAAUGGGGACCUUUUCCUUCGUAAAAUGUCUCUGUCUUCAGCGUUCCAAGCCCUACCUUUCCCAUCAUGCCUGAUCACCUAUGAGUCACUAAUGUACUUGAACAGGUUGCUUUUCUGAGAGGCUGUCUGUGAGUUAGGGCUGAGAGACAGGCCCUGAGAGCCUGGCUUCACCGUCCAGCUUUUCUACCACUCUGUGAGGAAGCAGACAUGUUAGCUGUUUUCCUAGGAGCUCAGUUUCCUGUCUUGAAAAACAGGAAUCAUAAUGGUAGCUGCUCAUCAGGCAUUGGGUGAAUUGUGUGAACUCAUUCAUAUGCAUAAAGCCUUAGGACCAGCCUGAUUCCUUAAAGGUGUGGAACCUCUAUUGCUUAUUAUUAGUGUUUCUUAAAGAGCCCAUGCUGACCUGUGUUACUUGUAACUGAGGAUCCCAUCCAGUUAAGAGUUGGGGCAGUAGCAUCAGUAGUUGUCACUUUAAACUCUAAGGAUUGAUCUAAAAAAAAAAAAAGGAUUACAUAGAAACUAUACAACAAAUAAAAUUUUGGUUCUCACUUUGCAACAAUGUUGCUUUCAUUUUUGAAAAGUUUCCACUCUUAUCUGUCUGUUGAUAGCCCCUCUUGCUUCACACGUGGCUUCCUUUUGGUGUUUUGGUCUAUUCUAGAGCAGUGGUUCUCAACCUGUAGGUUGAGAUUGCUCUGGGGAUUAAAGGACCCUGCCAUGGGAGUUGCAUAUCAGAUAUCCUGCAGAUCGGAUAUUUACAUUUUAUAACAGUAGCAAAUUAUGAUUCUGGGAGUGGCAACCAAAAUAAUUUUAUGGUUAGGGAUCAUCUCAACAUAAGGAACUGGAUUAAAGUGUUGCAUGGUUAGGAAGGUUGAGAACCACUGUCCUCAACCUGAAGUACUGAUUUCUGUUCUCAUAGUAUCUUUGUACAUCUAUGUGAGCAUUAAAUAUUGGUCAUUAUUUUCCCAUGUGACCCCUCUAUUUUAGGUCUGGGAACGUAGUAGCUAAUUUGCAUGGAUAAGUAGGACACACCGUCUUGCUCAGAUUCCUGGUAGUAACAGUAUGGAUUUGGAAGUCCAGUUCUGUCUUUAACCUGAGGCACAGUUAGCACCCAGGAGUGAUAUGAAGACCUCGUUGUGUAAUUGUGGCUAUUUGUCACCUUGCUGCAGUCUCUGAGUCUAAAGGGCAAACAGGGAAGAAGGAGCUAUCUCUAUGGUUACGAGGCUGAACUGGUAGAGCCUCUGAGGAAACAGCAAGUAAGCGAGCAAGCAGACAAACAAACCAAUCCAAUAUAGAUCUUUUGGCAAUGUUGUAAGCAGACUCACUUUUUUGACUCCACCAACUAUCUAAAAAGGAAACAUCCUUCCAGAUCAGAUGCUCACGUUUGUGAUUGUAACAGUAAACCAGGGAACUCAUCUGAACUUUCAUUUCAAAUUGGUUUUCAAAUAUUUGAAAGAAGCAUUUGGACACAUUUCUCUCCUGUUUAUCAACACGUUCUUUAUAGUGCAGACAAAGGACAUAUGUUGAUAAACUUGAAAAAAAACCUUUUAAAAGUCUGCUGGAGAAAGUGAAUGAUGGAAGCUUAAGUAGAAGAGGAAAGAUGAUAAAAAUUGUGUGGAGUUUCCCACUUUUGUGGACACAGAACUUUGCACAGCAGCCGAACACCGUGAGUUAAGGCUCCGAAAUUUGCAAAACUGGAGAUACAGCCCAGUGGUUAGAGCACUUGUUGUACCAGUAUGAGGACCAGAUUUGGAUCCUCAGAAUAAGUGCCAGGUGAGUAUGGUGGCCUGACUGUAGUUCCAGCAGUGCAAGGAAAAGCAGUUGAGCCCUGAGCAAGCUGGCUUUUGAGAUUAGUUGUAUCUGCAAGCUCUGGGUUUGAUUUAGAGACUCUGCCUCCAUGAAUAAUACAAAAACACAGUGAAGGAAGCCUCUUGAUGUCAGCUUCGGGCCCCUGUAUGUACAUUCACACACGCACACACAUGUGCGUGCACACACACCAAGAGAGAUAGAAGAAAAAGGAAGGUCAAACAGUUGCAUAGGGUGCCCUAGCCUCCACUUACUGGCUGAGUAGUACUGGCAAUUUAUAUAUUCAGAUUACCUUUUUUUUUUUAUCUAUAAAGUGAGAAUAAAGUGGUAUCUAAGUCAGUUUCUAUGUAGAUUAAAGGAGCCGACGCUUGGAAGAGGGCUGGUAGGGUACCUCGUGCAGGGUAAGGUCUGCUGUUGGAUCAUCUUUAGGGACGUAGCUAUGUGGACACAGGUAUUCCUUGGUGCUUCACAACUGAAAGUGCAAGAGGGUGCCAGCAGCCAACGUGUCCAAGGUCAGACCAAGGUCAGGGGUCUAUUUAAGUCAGAUUCUUAGCUUCUUACACAGUAUUCAUUUAAUCAGAAAUCAAAUAUUCCAUUUCUCAUUGAUUUUGAUAUGUGAUCUAAGGAAGCCCACCGAAUUAGUCAUUUAUCUAAGUAGGCUCCUUGUUCUCAGAUUUCCAACUUAGAAAAAAAAAAGAUCAAGAAUCACUAUGAAGUCAACAGUCCUGUGAAAUAUGAAUCCAAAGGAACUCGACUUCACUUAGAAAUCAUCUAGUCAUAUGCGGUUUAACCCGAGAUGCUUAUUUUGACUUUUCACUAGAAGGUAAAUGCAAAAAAUCGCCUCUGGAGGUGGGAGCUGGGCUGUGUCUGUGCAUUUCCAUAUGGAACAAAAAUGGGUCUCACCUAAGCUCACUCUGAAAAAGGAAACAAAGGUAUCAUUUCCAAGGUUAACUUGGAGGGAAAGCCUAGUGGUAUCCCUCCUUUGAACCAAGUGCAUUUUCUCAGUUUUGCUGGGUCUUAAAAAGUAGGGACGGUUCUGUAGAUCUGGGAGUGUAUGGCACAAUUUGGGCCCUGCUUUCCCUGAUGAAUCUCUGCCAUUUUCCCACAGACGUAAGUUCAUAGCCCGAUUUGGAACUCUGACCUGGCACUUGAGCGAGAGACGGAAAGCGCUUGCCAUCCAGAUUAGCUUUCAAAGCUUCAUGGGAAUCCCACCCAGCUAAGGGUCUGGGAGCUCAGAACUUAGACACCUAUGUGGUUGCAUCCACCUGAGUCAUUCAUGGUCACUUUGAGUACAUCAUCUGGUCAGGUCCCCAGUGGUCCUGUCCUUCGAUCCCAGGGGGAAUGGUAUAAAGAUAGUCUGAAGGUGGAAGUAAUCUACUUCCUGUGCUCCUGACUAAGCAGUUAAACUUCAAAAGCUGCCGAUGUGUGAGAGCAGGCAAGGUGUAGGCUUUGCCAGGAAAGGCUUAGUUUCUUUAGAAUACAGACUACAUUCCAUGUGUUGGUACUCCCUCUUCUGUCUCUCUGUCUCUGUCUCUGUUUCCUUCCCCUCUCCCCCUGUGUGUGUGCGUUCGUGUGUGUGUGUGUGUGUGUGAGAGAGAGAGAGAGAGAGAGAGAGAGAGACAGAGACAGAGACAGAGACAGAGACAGAGACAGAGAGAGAGAGACUUACUCACGGGGAGAAGUCAGAGCCUUCUUGAGAUGCUAAGUUAUUUUUUUUCUUAUUGUUUGGUCAAAUACCUGACAAGAAGCACCUUAAGGGAAGAAGGGUUACUUUGGUUCACAGUUGGAGGGAUACAGUCCUUCAUGGCGGUGGGCAAGGCUUGGCAGGGGUGUACAGCAGCUGGUGGUUUUGCUUCAGUAACCCAAAGGUAGAGGAAGACAGGAAGUGAGGCCAGCCAUAAAACAUCAAGGCCUACUUCCAGUGACCUACUUCCUUCAGUAAGAACUCACCAAACAAGGCCUCAGCUGGGGACCAGGUAUUAAAACACAUGAACCUACAUAUGGGGAACAUUUCCGUCCAAACUAUGACAGAUGCUGUUAAGUAGUACAUGGCCUCCAACCUUAUGGACAAAACAACAUGGCUGCCCACCCAACUCAGCCACACAUGCGGCCACAUAGGCAUUGGUCCUUUGACUACAUCUGAUGCUGUUGGCUUAUCAGAGAUGCGACUAACAGCCGUGAAGUGUCUUGGAGGCAGGUUGUUGAGAGACAGAUUCUUGGAAGCUAUAGCUAGUCUUGGGGUCAGAAGGCUUCCUCUGGUUUGCUUCAGCCUGACUACGUCAUCCCUUAUAAAACAACAGAGCUCCUGCAAUUGAGGUGUCCAGACAGACUCCUCAUGUUUUAUUCACAUUGCUCCCAAGUCAGUGACCUACUUUUCAUUGGUACCCCAUCUACAGCGUGUGUCUACUAGUCAGUGUAAAGCCACUACCUCACUGAGGCCUCCACCAAGCAUGGCAUCCACCAGUGAAUGUUUUCAGUGGGACCAAUGGUAGGCCUUGUACAUUUGCACGCAGCGUGCUGAUUCUCAAGCAUGCCCACAGCACCUUUAGUCAUGAAUGAUCAGCCAAGACCUUACGUUUUAACAACACUAAAAUUAACUUUGAGAAUUACCUGUGUGCUUUGUUUGGUGUCUGCAUACGUCCACAUAUGUGUAGGUGUUCUCCCUCCUCCCUGGGCAUGUAUGUGCAGUCAGUUGGUAUGAAGUGUCUUCCUUUAUUAUCCUCUGUCAUAGUAAAAUAAGAUUAAUUUACAUAUUUUUGUAUAUGUGUGCGUGCACGCACAUGAAUGUGUGUAUUGCACAUGUGCACGUGGGUGCCCUUGGAAACCAGAAGGGAGUGUCAGAGGCUCUGGGCCUGGAGUUACAUGCAGGAGGUUCUGAGCUAGCUGAUGUGUGGUGGGACUGAAUUUCACUCUUCUGUAAGAGCACUAAGUGAUCCUAACUCUGAGUCAUCUCUCUAGCCCCACCAGCGUAUCUUUGGAGACAAGGCCUCUAAUUGCAUCUGGAGCCUACCUUUUGGAUGAGCCCCUGGGGUACCUCUGUCUCCACCCUAUCCCAGCAAUGGAGCCAUAAGCCUGAGCUAUCCUCCGUGGGUUCUGGGGAUUCAAACUCUGGUCUUCUUAUUUCCUCUACAUAUACUUUGCUCCAACGGCCAUCUUCCCAGUCUGGAGUUAAGUUUUUAUUUUAUUUUAAGUAGAAUCUUUUUAUUCUCUAAGCGUUUUUCCUUGUACUUCCUGCAAAGGGGUGAAAUGGGGUGGAUUCUAUUCAAGAAGCCUAUGUUGAACGGAGAGGAACAAAUUUCAAGGUUGUUCUGUACCCGUCUUAAUGAGUUUUAACUUGAAUAAUUAUGUAUGUUACUUGAGACUGACCUUUCUGCAGCGCACAGGAGUUCUGUGGAUGUCUUGCCUCCUCUUUGGAGUAGUAGAUCCUAGACAGAGCUGUCAGGGGUGGAGUGGGGAGCUGCUUUUGCCCUUCCCCUUCUUAUCACCCACCCAGAGUGGGGUUCUUCACACCCUCGUGAGCGCUUCUGAUGCUUUAAUUGGCCUGAUGUUUGAUAGCUGUCAAUCACGAGGGAUAGCCCUGAUUCUUAGGGGAGAUCAGCCUCGACUUUGCACAAGUCCUAGGUCCUAACUCGUUUAGCACAAAGGUGCCUGACAGCCACAUGUGCAACCUUGACUGAAAGAAUUCCUAUGUAAAUGUAUGCGCUGGUGUAAACUCAUAAUCCUCUUCAUUUGCAUAUAUAUGUAUAUAUGUAUAUAUACACAUACAUAUAUACAUACACACACACACACACACACACACACACACAUAUAUAUAUAUAUAUUCUUUCACUAAGUUUGAAGCUAAGCUUGGUGGCCAUCACCCACCCACCCAUGAUCCUCCUGUCUCCGCUCCUCUCCUGGGUGCUGGGGAUUUAAACUCAGGAAGGUUCCCCUGCAUGUACAGCUAGUGUCCUUAGCUUCUGAGCCAUCUUCUGAGGCUGGGCAACACAUUUUCUUUCACUUUCUUAUUUUUCCCUGUACUCUCCUUGAGUCCUUUGGCUGUGAAAACAACGAAGAGCAAGGUUGAGUGUAGUCUUAACAUCUGCCACGUGUUUUUGGAAGCAUUGCGACUGAACAUACUCUGGAGAUUACAACAGGCCAAAUCACGAAGGGAGCUGACAGGACCCGAUGCUGUAAUUCAAGAUGACGUUAUCAGGCAGAGAAGACCUUGCGUAGGCCUGUAGGUGUAAGAUAAGAUUAAAUCCAACAUAAUCAAGAAGUUAAUAAAAUAGGGAUCUGGGUGAAUCCUAGAUGAUAGGGGAUGAUAAAGUUAUAGAUGGCUAGCAGUGGAUAAAUGAAUGAUGUCUUUGCCAAUCAGUUAACUGGCUUAGAAUAUAUUACACUAAAUAUGCAUUAUAAAACCUCCACUUUGGGUGGGUAUGGGCAGGGCCUGUGACUCCUUGUAGGAGAGUGAUUCCAUCAAAAAAAAAAUACUCUUCUCAGUUCCAAGUUCCCCGAGUUUCUCAGCAAUGGGAGGAUGAGUUCUGUUCCCUUGGUAACGGGGUGAAUGCCAACAGGGUGGUGAGAGGAUAGUCUUUAUUUAGUUUUUCUACUGGUGCAAACUUCUGCAAAACCAAGAACCUAUAGGAUCCCCAAACUAUAUCACACUGAAAAAAAUCCAAAUACCGAAAAUCCCCAGUGUUCUAGCACAAGGUUUUAAUCAUAUAUUUUCUAAAAAUUCCUCAAAUUUCAAGAAAAAGUAAUUGAAAUUAUUUAUUUCUACUACUCACAUUUAAGUUCUCUAUAAACAAAAGAAUAUUGGAGAAAUAAAGUGCAAAGUUUACUAGGAAAAUGUGAUCUGUGGUGUUUGUAAAGUUUAAGCUUUAAGGUCAAGGGGGUCACUGUGUAAAAAGGUCAAGUUCACUCGUGUUCCAUUUCUCAAGAGUAGAAUCUAAAAUUAUCUUCGUGUUUCUUCUUUGAACUUUGCAUUAUCAUUUUAUGUCUAAUCAUUUGCUGGGGCAACUUUGAUUAGUAAUUUGUAUCUUCCUUUUUAAAAAAAGGUUUGGGGCAAGAGAGAUGGCUCAGAGGUUAAGAGGUCCUGAGUUCAAUUCCAAGCAACCACAUGGUGGCUCACAACCAUCUGUGAUGGGAUCUGAUGCCCUCUUCUGGUGUGUCUGAAGACAGCUACAGUGCACUCAUAUACAUUAAAUAAAUAAUAUUAACAAAAAGAUUUUUUUUAAAAAAGGAGGAUUGGGGAUCUACAAGCCUCAGCCAGGUAAGGUGGGAUGAGGACAUUCAGUAAUAUGUGGGACACCUGGUGUUUGAAUUGGGAGACUUACUUCAAAAAAAUAAUAUUUUUGUGUACACUUGGAACAUUCCAUGCAUUUAUACAAUGCAUUUUGGUUAUAUCCACCCAUCACUUCCCACCUCCAACUUCCCCUGUGAGCAGGAAGACUCUGUAAGGUCCCCGUGCCCUAUUCUUUUGGAAAAAAAGAUAGUUUGUUUCUAAAGUAAAAAUAUAAUUGAUUCUGUAAACCUAGUUUAAGUUUUUACUUUAUCUACAUUGGUGUUUUGCCUGUAUGAUGUGUCUGUCUGUGUGUGGGGAUCAGACCGCUGGAACUGGAGUUAAGGGCAGGUGUGACCUGUCAUGUGUGUCCCAGGAACUGAACCCAGGUCGCCUAGAAAUGCUUUAUAAGUCAUCCCCCAAGUCCCCUGUAAACUAUUGUAAAGCAUGCUUUAAACAAUAAUUUCCCAUUUUCUUCCUCCCGGUCCCUAACAACUGCUAUUCUGUCUUUGUGAAUUUCUGGAUACCUCGCAGAAGCACUUCUAUGUGGAGUCAUGUAGUAUUCAUUUGUGACUGGUUUGUGUCACUUCACGUCAUAUCCUGAAAGUCCAAUGAUGCUGUACCUCCUCAGAUUUCUUUCUCUUUUCUCAGGAUAAAUAAUAAUCUAUUCUACUGUGGGUGCACACAACAUUCAUCUUCCAGUGAACAUUUUGACUUAGAUACUUUUAUUAAGGAAGUAUUGUAUUGAGAACUUGCUUUUAAUUUUUUUAAAUCCCUUAGAACUCUUGACCUUUGUGAGGUAUCACCAAAUUUCUCGCAGCUGUGGUGUUGUUUUACAUCCUAGAUUUCAACACCACUGUACCUCAUAUUCUCUAGAUGUGAUGGGUGUGUAGUUUCAACAACCUACCUUAAGAAUGCAUAUUUGGGGUCUGGAGAGAUGGCUCAGUGGUUAAGAGCACUGACUGCUCUUCCAGAGGUCCUGAGUUCAAAUCCCAGCAACCACAUGGUGACUCACAACCAUCAGUAAUGGGAUCUGAUGCCCUUCUGGAGUGUCUGAAGACAGCUACAGUGUACUCAUAUAUAAUAAAUAAAUAAAUCUUUAAAAAAAAGAAUGUAUAUUUGGACUGGGGCUCAGUGGAAGGUUAAACUCUUGCCCUAUAAAUCUGAGAAUCUCAGUUAAGAUUCCCAGAACCCACACAAGGAGGGAUGAGGUAGGGCAAGUGUUUGUAAUUCUAUGACUCCUGUGGUGACAUGGGGGCACAGAAGCAGACGUCUCGCAGGCCUGGUGUGCUUGAUGGUGAAACCCUAUUUCAAUCAAGUUGGAAGGCAAGGACUGAUUUGCAAGGUUGACCUCUGACCUCCUCACAGAUGCUGUGCAAUUCAGGCACUUACACACACACACACACACACACACACACACACACACACACACACACGCGCUCUCUCUCUCUCUCUCUCUCUCUCUCUCCCCCCACAUAUUCACACACACACACUCACAUCCUCCCACAUUCAUACACACUCACACACAAACAUGCACACACGAAGAGGCAUCAGCAGUUUCACAGAGUUUUAUUUGAUCACUGUUUCCUUAACUUUUCUUUUAAACACGAAAGGUGUAUUUAAAUAUGGGUAUUGUUUUAGUUAGGCCUUUACUGCUUUGAAGAGACACCAUGACCAAAGUAACAUAAAGAAAAAAACCAUUUCACUGGAGCUGGCUUACGGUUUCAGAGGUUCAGUCCAUAUCAUCGUGGUGGAAAGCGUGAGGGUGCGGAGGCAGACACAGUGCUGGAAGGGCUGAGAGUUCUGUAUCUCGAUCCACAGGUCGCAGAGGGAGACUGUGUGCCACAGUAGGUGUAGCUUGAGCAUAAGAGACCUCAAAGCCUGCCUACACAGUGACACACUUCCUGCAACAAGGCCACUCCUCCUAAUAGUGCCACUCCCUGUGAGCGAAGCACAUUCAAAUACAUGAGUCUAUGGGGGGCCCUACUUAUCCAAACCACCAUAGACAUGAUUAACUUCUAAUCAUUUAACUUUGAUCCCCAUUUUCAGUGCACACCGUGAGAGGGUGUUGUAAUGUAAGGAUAUGAAGCCCUGUGCCUUUGCCUGCAAGUUGCUUGAAAUAUAUUUAAGAUCAUAGAGUGCACUGCAGAAAACAGGACGCUUCACUCUGCAGAGUCCCAAAGCCUCACCUAGGGCCUUAAGGAGGUGUGGUGUGACACCCUUAGGCUCUGUUCGGCAGCACCGAUUCGUCACUGUCCUUGCCUUCUAGCUCCACGCAGCAGGAAAUCGCUGUGGCAGGAACAUUCUGUGUAGACUGCAGUUCCUAGACACCAUCUGGGGACCGGCGUCGGCUUGGUUCCUUCUGCAGAGUCAUCCAGGGAGCUUGUUAAGCAGCCGCACAUCUUGGCCUCAUUCUCGAAGUGUUUGUAGGUUUGGGAUGAGGCCCAGAACUUUAUGUUUUAAAACACUCUCUAGGUAAUUUUGGGUCUGGGAGCCACUGAUUUGCCAUUGUCUCAGACUGUGGGCUUCCUAGUGUCUUUGUUUAGUACUUUACUGUCCGGAAUCAAUGCCUGCAGGGGAAGACCUUGACGUUUCGGUUCCUCCAGAGGGUUAACAUCUCUACUUAGAUUCUGGAAGCCCACAACUUCCUGGAGACUCAUGGGAAACAACUGCAGGGCUGUGGGUGAGAGUGAGGAAGGGUUAGGAGUGUGUGAUGUCAUAGGCUGUAGCGCUCAGCAGAACUAGAGACGAGGAGACGAGGAGGGGCGCAGAGCACUCUGAGGCAGCAUCAUAGGCUCACUGGAGUCAUCUCUGCAAGGUGAUGUGUCACCAAUCAGUAUGUCCCCCAUCAGUCAAUCUCAGUUUAUUCCACUCGGGGAAAUCCUUUGCUUGGCCAUCUCGGCAAUGAACUCUGCGAGAAAGCCUGUCACCCAGGAGGCGCUGAUGGAACACCUGACGACGUGUUUCCCAGGUGUUCCAACCCCAAGCCAAGAAAUUCUACGGCAUACCCUAAACACACUGGUACGGGAGAGGAAAAUCUAUCCGACUCCGGAUGGCUAUUUCAUUGUGACCCCACAGACUUAUUUCAUUACUCCUUCCCUCAUAAGAACUAACAGUAAGUGGUACCACUUGGACGAGAGGGUACCUGACAGGUCUCAGUGUACCUCUCCACAACCAGGAACCAUAACGCCCUCUGCCUCAGGCUGUGUCAGGGAAAGGACAUUACCCAGAAAGCACUGCGACUCUUGCCACUGCUGCCGAGAAGACAUGCACAGCAUGCAUGCCUCCACUCUGCAGAGGAAGCCCGCCAAGGACUGCAAAGACCCUUACUGCCCUCCUCCGCUGUGCCAGGUGCCACCCACUGAUAAAAGCAAAAGUACUAUAAAUUUCUCUUAUAAGACGGAAACUCUCUCUAAACCUAAAGAUGGUGAAAAGCAGUCCAAGAAAUUCGGCCUUAAGUUAUUCCGGCUGAGUUUUAAAAAAGACAAGACCAAACAGCUGGCCAAUUUCUCUGCCCAGUUUCCUCCUGAGGAGUGGCCUCUGCGAGACGAGGACACGCCCACGACUAUCCCCCGGGAGGUGGAGAUGGAGAUCAUCCGUCGUAUCAACCCGGACUUGACGGUGGAAAAUGUCAUGAGGCACACUGCACUGAUGAAGAAACUUGAAGAAGAAAAAGCUCACCGGAGCAAAGCCGGGUCCUCCGCCCACCACAGUGGAAGGAGUAAAAAGAGCCGGACUCACCGAAAGUCCCACGGGAAGUCUCGGUCACACAGCAAGACUCGAGUGUCCAAAGGAGAUCCUUCGGAUGGCUCGCAUCUGGAUAUCCCUGGUGAGAGGGAGUAUGAAUUUUGCGACCCUCUAACCAGGGCCCCCAGAGAGGGCUGCUUCAUCAUUGAACACAAAGGAGACAACUUCAUCAUGCACAGCAACACGAACGUGAUCGAGUCCCAUUUCCCCAUGACGCCAGAAUGGGAUGUGUCUGGCGAACUGGCCAAAAGGAGAACGGAGAUGCCCUUUCCCGAACCUUCCAGGGGAAGCUCCCACUCCAAAGUGCACCGAAGCCACAGCCAUACCCAGGACCGGAGGUCCAGGAAUGAGAGGUCCAACAAGGCCAAGGAGAGAUCCAGGUCAAUGGAUAACUCCAAAGGCCCCCUGGGCGCUUCUUCUCUCGGGACUCCGGAAGACCUGGCUGAAGGCUGCAGCCAAGAUGACCAAACAGCCAGCCAAUCAUACAUUGACGACAGUACGUUAAGGCCUGCGCAAACGAUUGGUCAUCAAAGGGCUCAUAUUCCUUCUGCCAGCUAUAAAGAGGUGUGCAUUCCAGAAAUAGUUGGUGGCAGCAAGGAACCUUCUAGUGCUUGUAGCCUUUUGGAGCCAGGCAAAUCCCCUGAGAGUAUGCCGUCUUAUGGGGAACUCAGCCCUUGCCCGGCAAAAACAGCUGUGGAUGACUAUUUUCAGUGCAACACUUCUAGUGAGACUGUGCUCACAGCACCGUCUCCUUUAGGGAAGAAUAAGGAGGACCACGACACUUUGACCUUGGUGGAGGGGGUAAAAAAGCUGUCUCCAUCUGAGAGGCAGACCCCCCACUCUUCCAGGGAUCCUGUUGGGCACAAGGAGGAGUCACCAAAAGGGCCAGGUGGGGGCCCUGCAGCUUCUGGUGGUGUGGCAGAGGGGUUGGCCAAUGGCCGUCUUGUCCAACAUCAUAGUGCAGAACCCAGCAACUUGGACAAAAGGAAAGAAAUAUUCAGCAAAGACACACUGUUCAAACCUCUACACAGCACCUUGUCUGUAAACAGCUAUCACAAAUCCAGCUUGUCCCUCCUCAAAUCUCACCCGAAGUCACCUGCUGACACACUGCCAGGCCGAUGUGAGAAAAUGGAACCUUCCCUUGGGACGUCUGCGGCCCAAGCCAUGCCUCCGUCCCAGCGUCAGCAGGAGCCUGGAGGGAACCAGGAGGCCUCCUUUGACUAUUACAACGUCUCCGACGACGACGACUCUGAGGAAGGGGCCAACAAAAACACAGAGGAGGAGAAAAACAGAGAUGAUGUGGGCACCAUGCAGUGGCUCCUCGAGAGGGAGAAGGAAAGAGACUUGCAGAGGAAGUUUGAGAAGAACCUCACCCUCCUCGCCCCAAAGGAAACCGAUAGCAGCAGCAACCAGAGAGCCACCCACUCAGCCCGGCUCGACAGCAUGGACAGUAGCAGCAUCACCGUGGACAGCGGAUUCAACUCCCCACGCACUCGGGAAAGCCUGGCUUCCAACACAUCAAGCAUUGUUGAAAGCAACCGCCGUCAGAAUCCUGCUUUGAGUCCGGCCCAUGGCGGAGCUGGUCCAACCUUCAACUUCCGCGCCAGUACGGAUCCCCCGACCAGCGAAGCUGAGAAAUUACAGAAACCUUCCAACUGCUUGCAAGCUUCUGUUACUAGUGUAUGAUUGUCCUUCUGCCUCAGAUCUUCUGUCUCAUUCGAUACAGCAACGUUUACGACGAUUGGGACUGAUGUUUACAUCUCUUCAAAGGCAAACAUCUCAAGCACAGGUUGGGGGUUACUUGAGCUGUGCUGCUAAGUAGGCUAGGGCAAAAAAAAAAAUCUUCAUUUCAGAGUAUUGCUUUUCACAUGUAUGGCUCUGUAGCUACCAAAUAGCAGUAUGGGAGAUACGUACACUUCCGCUUCACUAAUUGUAUCUGAGCACACAUAGGAAAGUCUAAACACUGUAAGUGGAACAUGCAUUUUUCGAUGUCAUACAGUUGCCAAUUCCAUUCUGAAAAUGCCACAGAGAUGUGUUGCUCCCUGCCGGCCUACGGGGUACGGGCCGUGGGACUCAUCCUUGAUAACCCCGCCCCCUCAAACCCCCGCCCCCUCAAAAAAAAGCCAAGCCGCCACAAAAUGUAAAUGUAGGGGUGUGUCCAUUGUGAGAAAAAACAGUGCCAAACUGGGCAGAAGGGACCCCAGCCCUUUAUGUGUGAGUCCUUUAAAGUACCAGUCAUUUUUCACUGUGAGUUUUCACGACACUCUUGCAGGAGCCCAUGGAAGUGGGUCAGAGGUCCCAAUGGAAGUUGUUGGGGUAUUUGUUUUUACUGUUUUCCAGCUCACUAAAUGCUUGUCUUGAGUUUUUUGUUUUUUUAACCUUCCCUAAUCACAAACAGGAAUAUAGGCCUUUGAGGUGGACAAAGGAAAGGAAAUGCGGUCUCAUGGGGGCACAGCACUGAGUGCUGGAGAAGGGUGUGUGGAUGACCAGGAGGGAUGAAUCAGAUACUGGAGAAGGAUGCUUCCCUCCUUGGGACACUUAGGAUGAUCGAGCUGACUAUAUUAGAUGCGGUGAUUAAUCUGUUGGGAAGUAAAAUGUUCUUUAUGAUACAAAUGAAGAAUGUGGCCCGAGGGUGUUAUUCUUUCUAAUGGAAGGGACAUAAAUCUAUUUUAUGUAGUUUUAAAUAGAAUGCCUAAAUUAGGCUGUGGAGAUGAUUUUUAGUGGUUGUAGGAAAAGAGCAAAUUUAGGGAGAGUUAAACUUCAGGCCUUUUAUUCCUGGGAAGAUAUCUAUAGAGACAACAUUUAAAGUAAUUUUUGAUUAGAAAUAUACAUGGGCCCAUGUAAUGAACAGCAGAAUGUCCUCAUUCUGCUGGCGUGGUAUAUUCUUAAUUUGUACUCCCCUAAAGUGUAUCAGAAUGACACUUAUGCAUUCAUGAACUAUGCCAGAGUAAUGUUUACAGAUACUUUGUAGUGAUUUCAGGAGGCGCCUUUUGGGUGGACAUCAUCUUUGCAAUGACUUCUCCAAGCUCUGCUUUGGUUUAAGACGUCAUGCUCAGUAUCCCAAGGCUUUGCAGGAGGGGGACCACUAACCAUUACACUUCAGUCCUACCAGAAAGGCUCUCUUCAAAAGUCCCUUGAUCUUAUUUUCUGAGACGCGUGGCAUACCUCUGUAGGUUCUGAAAAUCUUAUCUGCACGUGGGUUAGGUCUGAUCUCAGAAAAUGGUCUGAAACAAAAUUACAUUCAGUUGAGUGUCAAAUGAUUUUUGGAGCCAUAUGCUUUAAUGAAUUUAUAGAUAAAUAACUUAAAAAUCAGUAUAAAAUAUUUUCACUCAAGAUUUCAGCAAUGAGCAUAAGUUUGUGAGCUACUUCUUUUUCUGUGUCAGGCUGAAUCACUAGCAAGGUGUCUAAGGGAGCACAGUCAUAUGAAGCAGUUGGAAACAUGUACAUUCAUUUUGUCUGCUAUUUGGAAGUUGUACUAUUGGGUCAAACUGGGCUCCUUAAGCUUGGUAUAAAUUUCUUUUUCUUGCUUAUUGUAAUGAAGCUUAAGCACAGUUCUCAGUAUACUGCUACAUUGUUGAAAUGCUUAAGGGAAUUGGCUUCGAAUCCCAUACUCUACUUCCUCCUGGCAUGCCUCAGUUGUUCAGAAGCACAUUGUUUCUCUGAUUACUUAAGUAAUGUCCAGAAAGAGCAACCAUGUAUCUGAUUACUACAUAGUCUGUUUGCUUAAGGAGCCGUACACCAUAAGAUUCCUGGAUCUGGUCUAAAUCAAUUUGCCCCCCCCACCCCGCGCCCUAAAAAAACCUGCUCUGAAACUUUUGGCAUACUCAGUUCAUAAAUAACAGAACUGUUAAAACAAUACACUAAUCUCUGAUUGACCUCUGAACAUAGUAGCCAUUGAAAGAAUUGAGUGCCGUGCGAGCAGGAGAGGACAUAAUUAUGUUUUAAGCGAAGCUUUAAAAUAUGCAUUUUUGAUAGUUCACCAAAAACAGGUUUACAGAAGACAUUUUCCAAACAAAAUGUGUACACUAUUUGCCUAAUCACUAUGGAGUACAAGAUUUAAAAAAAUAAUAAGUGGAUAAGCAAAAGAACUUCCCUUAGACCAGCAGCCAUUAGCACUGAACGAUGGGCUUUAAAGAUGAUGUAACACAUACACAGACAUUCCGUGGAGAAACACUCUCGUCUGAAUCUAAUCUGGAUUCUUGAAUGGAGAGGCAUUGGUGGUAGGAGGCACAUGGCAGUGUGAUGCGUACAUGUGUCUAAGAUGGUCUCCUCAAAAUGGUGAGACUCUUUGACUCUCACAGCCUCGAGACUCUCUCCAGGCUUCGUCAGUUUUCUCCACUGGAACCAUAGCUCUGUGUUCUGUGACGGCAUGUCUAGUUUUAGAGUUUAUCAACGGAAAGGUUUACAAAACUGAAUCUGGUUGAAUCUCUGUGAGGCAUUCAACUUUAAAGGGUCAACACAUCUGUCGGCAUUUUGCACACGUAUGUAUUAUUAUGAUACAGCAUAUUACUUUAUGGUAAUUUUUAUUUUUUACAUAUAACUACCUCCAUGAAUUUGAUGAAAUGGCAGCAGUGUGUUUAAGUGUGUUCUUCAGAAAAAGCAAUGUUGCAAACGUGUUUCAGCGGUAGGCCAUGGCGUGGCGUGUGUGUCGGUGACUUACCCAUUGGACUCAUGACCUUUUCAUUGCCGUGAUUUUCUUUCACAACAUUCUUUGGCUCCCAACUGUAAGCCUGUUGUCCUCUUUUUCUCUCUCCCUUCUCCCCCAUGAAAGCACAUUUGAUUUGUUACAAAUGAACGAACAUUUUAAAAUUACUGUCUUCCCUGCUUCUACACGCUCACUAUUAGAGAAAAAAAAAAGUCUUCUCUGGCAAAGAGCCACUUGGUAAACAUUUAGGAAGUUAUUAAUUCCUAUAGAAAUUACAUUGAAUUGUUAGGGUGUUUUUUUCCCCAGUAACAAAAGAUAUGUGAAAAUUUUGGACUGCCAACUUGAAGCACUUUGGGCCUCUCUGCCUCUAUGCUACCCUAUGGAGCCCAAACUUUUUUUUAUUAAAAGAACUGUGCCAUGCAUUCUGAGAUGUCUGUUAAGUAAUUUGUCUACCCUUUGAUUGCACAUCUCAGGAGACUUUAAUGAGUGCAAGAAUAGGGUGUGUGUGCACCCAAUAGAGAAAACCAAUGUGAGAGCUGAAAUGGGAGUAGCCGGGUAGAAAUAAGAAAUGCCGGUGUCUUUGAUGUUGGAGAAUUCAAGUUCAGGAAAUAUGAAUGGAAAGAGAAUGUGGAGGAGCAGUGAUUUGAACACCAGCUGUUCCUAAAUGUCUCUUUUCUGAGAACUCAGCCAAUAUUGUUACAAUGUCACCAAGACAGGAAAGGCAGUAAGGACAGAAGAACAUAGUUUCUCUUUUAGGUUAGCAUAGCUUUGUAAAGUCCUACCUAGGAUUAUCCACUGGUCACCACAAAGUGUACUUGAAGAUAAAGUUUGUAACUUCAGUGAUAGGCACAGUUCUCACAAAACCAUUUGGGAGGGGUAGCGUUCUGAGCUUGCACUAACAACCAACGACUGGUAAUGUUCUGCAGCUCAUCUGGCGAUCUCAAAGUGCUUCCGAGGCAUUAGGCGUACAAUUGCAGGGCAGGUCCAGUUUCUCAUACCCAGGCUUGACAGGAGCAAACAAAUGGAGUGUCUUGAGAUCACCCAUAAACACAAUGGCAGCUCUCAGUGACCUAUUUUCUAUCUGUUUGAUAGGCCAUGGUGAGAAAUCACUAAGAUGCUAUUUUUAUGAUGUGUGCUAAUAAAGAAAACAAAUACAGCUUGACACCUUGUCCAUUUCAUUCAAAGAGGUAUGGGUGUUUGGAAUCUCAGCACCUCAGCACCCCUUACUGGUAUUGAGUUAUGACGUGGGAGAGGAGCAAAUCCACACCAAUGCCACUGUCAUCCAAAGCCAGUCCAGGCAUCCACCUUUGUUUACAGCUCCUUAUUAGGUCCCUGUCAUAUCUGUGUUAAAACAAAACCCCAUCUCCAGGAACAUUGGCUGCUCCAGGCAGUGGAAGGUGCUGAAACAGUUGUGUUUUUUUUCUCUUAAUUUUCCUUUAAAAUAUUCAUCAAGCACUCCUCACAGUGUUCAGCAACAUACCACUCACUACGUUAUAUCAAGCCCUGCUUCGUAGAAUCUGGGAAGCUGAUCCAGUUCCAAGAGUUUUGUCAAAUUAUGAGAUAGAAGGUCUUUGACUUCUGCUUUCUCCUUUCCCACAGACCAGACCCACACCCAACUAGCAGUGCAGUGCAGACCACAGUAGACUCGAAGUGGUGCUUCCUCCCCCGACCCCCGACCCCCAUCCAUUGUCAAAGCCAUCCAAUAAUGUCCUGUGAGCGAGGGACUCUUUGGCCCGUGUUUAAGGCUUGGGGAAAUUAGAAACAAGAAAAAUGAAUGCAAAAAGCCAUGGGAGGCAUUGGUUUCCUUUGGGCUAGUUAAACAUGGUGGCAAGGGAUUGCUAUUGUAUGAGCUUUGCCAAGAAAUACAAAAGACUCAGCCAUCACCCCAUCCUUCUCGAAGAAGGUUUUAUAGUAUUAAUGAUACAAGUGAUAUUUUCCCAUGGAGUUUUCCUUAGGAUACAUUUCAUAAAUUAUACACAUGAGACAUUUUAGCAUUAGAUCUCAUGUGUUUGCCAAAGGUACUGGCUUCUCCCUGGCUUGGAGUCCAUCCUCUUGUCUUGCAUCAGCAACGCAGAGGGGCUCCUCGGUGAUGGCUUCUAGAAUACAUAUGCCUGUGUCUUUAUUGUUGUGCACAGGCUUAACAUUUGCAAAAUUGAGAAUUCGGCAAAGCUCCAGGGGAACUAAGCGGUCUUGUGAUUGUAUGCAGGCAGUCAGAGGCCUUUAAUGGCUCAUUGUCGGCUUCACUUGUGAACACAUACACCCUCCCGACUAGGAAAAGGGUGUUUCCAGGUGAGGUACCAAUGGCUUGGAAAGGCAGAAAUGGAAGGUUAGAGCUUGGCUGGUCCUUGUGCACCUGCCUACCUCCCUGUCCAAAGGCUGACCUUGGUACCCGCCCCCCCCCCAUUCCCCUUCUCUCACCCCAAAAGAGGUACCAAAUCUGAGACCCGAGCUCUCCUUCAAUCCCAGUCCUCUACAGCUCCAGGACCUUCAUAUAGAACAUUCUCGACAGCCCCGCCUUCCUUUCCUCUGAGCGUUACCCUCUCCGCCUCCCCACCACCACCAGAUACCUACCCCACCACCACUCUUUCCACAUUGGAAGAACAGAAUACUGUGUAGUAUUGUGCACGCAUGCCAGUUAGGAGUAGAACUGCCCUAGGGUCACCUUCACAUCAGUGUCAACAGCUACAAACAUAAAGUCCUUAGAGCAGUCACAUCCAUACUCUCUGGAAGAGAAUUCAAUUUGACCAUCUAAGUUCCAAGGGAUCGUGGCUCUGCGGGCGUCUUUCUCUGUGUGGCUGACUGUGACUAUUACAUUAGGGUCAGUGAGCUAAGAAGUACGUGUGGGAUUCACUGUGUUAGGAAGGAGUUUUGCAGCCAAGACUGCCUUGAAUAAAAAUGUUUUUGCACUGAAAAAAAAAAACUUUAAAUGACUUGGUCUCUGGUUGCUGUAAAGGUCAUCCAAGAUGGAUGUUCUGUUUAUAUUGUAUAGUAUUUCAUAAGAAAUAACUGCAGUUCAUGAAACGUCUUCCCUAAUGUUACUGAUUUCUAACAGCACAUUUGUAACAUGGUUUUUAUCGUGUCCGUGUACCAUACUGUAAAUGAUGAUUCCUUGUCAUGCUUAGUAUAAUAAGUUAAAAGGAAAAAAAAAAAGGACAGGGAUUUUUGUAAGUCUAUAUUUGAAAGUCCCUCCAUAUGGUAAUAUUGUGUUCAUGUUGUUUAUGUAGUGUUGUGUGAAAUAUCCAUUUUGGAUUGUGUUACUUUUUAAGAUAUUAAAUAACAUUUGGUUAUAUGUGUAA